UAUUGAGCCCAUUUUUUUUGGCAGCCGCACACAGCACGUCUCGAGCGCUAGAUUCGAAAAAAACACAUCCCUGCGAUUGCCAUUUAGGGCCCGCCUCGCACGAGCUAGCUGCCGAGUCGUGCCGCCUCCCAGCUUGCGCCUACCCUGGGAGGGGCUUGUCGGCACUGAGGCUCUGCACGGCACGACACCGGCACUGAGGCGCUGCACGGCAGGACGCCAAAAAGAUGGCCAUGCGCUACGAGCUCUCGGCUGUCUUACGAGAGAUCUGGACGAGCCGCGCGCUCGUGCCCGGCGCCUGCGUCUUCGCGUACAUCGUCGCCAGUCUACUCAUAGUCGUGAUGAACAAGGUUGUCUUAGAUACGUACCAGUUCCCGUCGACGACCAUCAUCCUGUCGCUGCAGCUCGCGGCGACGCUCGCGUCGGUCGUCGGCUUCGUGCUGUGGGUCGGCUGGCCGCGCGAACGACGUAGAAGGGUCUACGGCGCGGUGCAGACGAAGGGUCCAAGUGAUAGGACCCUGGUCAAGGCCGCGGCCCCGCCGUUAGCGCUACUCUUCUUGUUAGACGUGGCCCUCGGACACGUCGCGUCCCGAGCAUUGGGUCUAGAUGCCUUCGCGGCCUUCCGGCGCUUCAACAUCCCGAUCGCGAUGCAUUUGGAGGUCUUCAUGCGCAUGGCGCCCUGGAAUCGGAAAAUAGCCGCGGCGACGUGGGUCAUGGUCCUCGGUCCCUUGAUGGCUGUCCUGCUCGGCCGUGGGCGGAGCACGUCGGCCUACGAGACGGCGGCGGGGCUGCCGUCCGAUAUUUUGGACCAGGCGCACGUGUUUGGGGCGGCGUCCACGGACCGCAUCGUAUCCCGAGGAAACGCCACGCGCUACGUCAUUACACAAAAGUCGCACGGCGCGGCGCGCUUCGAGGCUUUGAGUUUUGACGGCUGUGCUGCUGCUUUAUGUUCCGCGUGCGUCGCGGCGUUACGAGUAGUUGCUUUGAGACAUGUCCUCCUGCGCCACCGGAGUCAAGCGGACGCGGCCCAGGGUCGGGUCUGGACCGAGCGGCCGCGCGGGAUUGGGGUGGAGGAGGAGGCUGCUAGAGCGUUGUUAGAUGAUGAUACAUCGCAGGACUCGGAUUCGGAUGUCGAGCUACCUAUCAGGCCAAUAGCACCUCCAGAAAAACCGAUCCCGUCGACCUACGCCUUCGCCGGUCUGUUGUUGGCGGUGACGACGGCUUUAUGCUUGCCCUGUGUCGUCGUAGCGGGCGCAUUCCUCGAAAGGACGGGUGUCGAGAAGGCGCUGACGGAUACGACGCUGUCCUUAGGCUUCCUGAUGAGGUUCCUCUUCCUCAUCUUGUUAGGACCGACGCACGAGGUUGCUAUAUAUGCUUGUGUGCUGCACAACCCAGCUUUAACAACGCUGGUGGCGUCUGGAUUCAAAUACACGGCACUCGGCGCCUACCACGCGUUUUUUCUGGUCAACUUGCCGGGCGAGGCCGAGCAGGACGAGUGGGACUACCUCGGCACGGCGGUCACUGCAUUAGCGUCGGCGGUGUAUACGGUGGAGUGGUUCCGAGCGGCGACGCGGCCCGCGGCGGGCCCCUCGGUGGCCGUCGGGUUGCACGCGCCGCCUCCACAAUCGCCCGAGGAGGACGCGCGCAAGCCGCGGCGUAUUCGAAGUUCGGACCAGUUCGAGUCGCCCUGGUGGGCGCGGUCGGCUUCCGUCGAGCUCGUGGACCGGGGGCGGUUCGGGUCCGUCGUGCGGCUGUGACGGCUUUCUUUGCCGCUUAAGUUUAUUGUGUUAUA